AUGGAGGGAAGUACAAGGCCAGGGGCAAAGGGAAAAGAAAGCGGCAGCGCUCAAGGGCCUUGCAGUGCGGCGUACAGAUCAAUGCCUGUGUGCAAGUGGUGGAUCCAACUGGCCCGAAGCUCACAUCCCGCUGAAACCCGACGUGCUGUCUACAGUGGACCAUCUUCGCCGGGCUGGAGCAAAGAAGAAGAAUAUUUUGGCCUACAUUCACGACAACUCAUCUUUUCUGUCGAGCGCAACCUGGACUUGCCAUCCAAGCUGAAGGAGAUUAAGGUUUUGACGUCACAGGUGGAUGUACUGGACAUUGCAGGCAAGGGACUAAUAACGGACGAGAUAAUGCACAAGAUUCUGGCCAAGAUAUUUGGCUCCAAGGACGGAAUUACUGUCUUCGAUUCGUCAACACUUGGCACUGUAGUUGACGGAAAGGUGACCACCUGUGUAAUGGGCCCGCUACGUGCCCACUACUUCGGCUUACACGUUAGCGCACGUGUAUGA